UGGUUUGUGUGUGAUGAAGUUGGAAGUAACAUUAGACAAGGAAGAGUUAGUCAUCUAGAUAAGUCUUCAAGCGUAGCUGGAUAUUCUACUUUACUUUCAAACUCCAACGGGAAACUGACAUUAGAACAACGUUGUCAAAGGAACAUCAAACGAAAGUCAGGAGAUAUAACGUUACUUCUUUCCCACGUGGACAGAAACGUGCUAGCUAGCUACUGUAGCCUUUCACCUGAAUCAGGUCAUCUAACUGAACUAUAUCAGUCUUGACAUUGACUUCAUUGCUGUUGUUGCUUCGUGAGCAGGACAAUAUGAGUGGAGAGAGGGAAACGUUGAUGGAUGAAAUGGAACAGAGUUUAUACACUUUAACCAAGGACAAUUUACGCUGCCUGUGUGAACGCAGUGGAAUAGGUGGCAAGGAUGGCUCUGAUGUUCAAGGAAAGAAUCACCAUCACUCUUUGUGCCGUAAAAUCCUGGAGGAACUUUGGGAAAAUGCAGAUUCAAUGGAAUCGGAGGAGCAGGGAAUGUCUUGGUUACUCCAACUGAAAGAGGACAUCAGGAAGAUACAGGAGGAGGGUAUCGGUGCACCUUUGAGUCCCAGCCAAUCCAUUGAUGAUGAUGCUGUAGACUGUGAUGAAGACGAGAACCAGAAGGACAUGGAUUGGUUACCUAGCAAAAGGCUGGAGGGGGAACCCAUGAGUCCCAGCCAAUCCUUUGAUGACAACGCUGCAGACUGCGAUGAAGAAUGGGAUGAGGAGGACAGGGAUUUGUUGCCUAGCAAAGGCCUGGAGGCAGAACCAGCACCAGAGAGACACACACCAGAGCAGAGGGAGAAGAGAGUGAGUGGGUCCCCCUCUCUGUCCUCUCCUGGUAAUGCCUUACUGCUGGGUCUGAAGAGAGUGAGUGGGGCCCCCUCUCUGUCCUCUCCUGGUAAUGCCUUACUGCUGGGUCUGAAGAGAGUGAGUGGGUCCCCCUCUCUGUCCUCUCCUGGUAAUGCCUUACUGCUGGGUCUGAAGAGAGUGAGUGGGUCCCCCUCUCUGUCCUCUCCUGGUAAUGCCUUACUGCUGGGUCUGAAGAGAGUGAGUGGGUCCCCCUCUCUGUCCUCUCCUGGUAAUGCCUUACUACAGGGUCUGAAGAGAGUGAGUGGGGCCCCCUCUCUGUCCUCUCCUGGUAAUGCCUUACUGCUGGGUCUGAAGAGGGUGUCUGUGCGGCUGGUCGACUGCAGGAAAACACCAGGGUUGAGAGGAACUGCUGGAGGAGGAGACAAGGAGGAGGAAGGAGAUGAGGAGGAGGAAGGAGAUGAGGAGGAGGAAGGAGACAAGGAGGAGGAAGGAGACGUGAUUCAUCAAAGAGAGAGACGUGGCAACCGUGGAUCUUCUGGGGAGCCUCAACAACAACCUCAUCAUGCUGACGACCCAGACUGGAGUCUCGCCACAUCAAAACACUUCCACAAACAACCACAGAGACAUGCAGGGAAGAAACCUCACCACUGCUCUGACUGCGGAAAGAGUUUCAGUGUUUUAUCAGGCUUGAAAAUCCAUCGAAGCAUCCACACUGAAAAUAAACCAUUCCAAUGCUCCAAGUGUGGGAAAGGUUUUGCAAACAACCACUAUCGAAAAAUACAUGAGAAAACAGUACAUGAGCCUCCCGCAGAAAGGUCUUACCACUGCUCUGACUGCGGGAAGAGCUACAGUUUUUUAUCAACCUUCAAAAACCAUCAAAGAAAACACACAGGAGAGAAACCAUUCCAAUGCUCCAAGUGCAAGAAAAGUUUUGCUCAGAAAUCCACUCUGAAAGCACACGAGCAAACACACAUUCCUGCCGCAGAAAGGCCUUACCAAUGCUCCUACUGCGAGAAGAAGUUUUGUAUUUCGGCGUCCUUUAAUUUCCAUAUGAGAAUGCAUACUGAAGAAAAACCAUUCCAAUGUUCCGUCUGCGGAAUGCGGUUCAUUCAAGCCUAUUUACUGAAAUCACACAAGUUUAAACACAAGCCCAUUGAAGAAAAGCCCUUCAGCUGCUCAGAAUGUGGUGCGGGUUUUGCCACGAAAGGUAGUCUCAAAUUUCACCAGCUGAUGCACAACCCAAGAGAGAGACCUUACCGCUGUUCUGAGUGUGGUCAUUGUUUCUCUCAUCUGAUAUAUCUGAAGAAACACCAGAAGAGACACAGUAAAGAGAAGUCUAUUGUCUGUGAGCUGUGCGGGAAGACCUUCAACCAUCCAAGCAACUUCAGAACGCACAUGAAGAUACACCGAGGAGUGAAACCGUACCACUGCUCCGACUGUGGCAGGAGCUUCAUAUUCCGCCAAGGUUUAACAAAACACCAGCGUGUGCACACCGGCGAGCUGCCUUACGUCUGCGAUCAAUGUGGGAGGAGGUUUUCUCAGUCCAAUUCUUUGGUGACUCACCAGCGAACCCACACCGGGGAGAAACCUUACCCAUGCUUUGUCUGUGGGAAGAGCUUCAGUCGGUCACAAAACCUGGCUGCACACAAGAGAACUCAUACUGGAGAGAAGCCUUAUGCUUGUGAUCAGUGCGGGAAGAGGUUUUCCCGAACCGACGCACUGGCUGUACACAAGCGCACUCACACUGGAGAGAAGCCUUACAGCUGUGAUAUAUGCAGGGAGACAUUCACCUAUUUAGUAGCCAUGCUGAAACAUAAGAAUGGACAUGGACGUCCUGCAGGUGAUGUACUCUGUGCUGAAUGUCCUCAGGACGAUUCCAGCUCUAUCUAUGAAUAGAGAAUAACUUUGUUUAACCUACAGAAUACAUCAAUUUUUUGUUUUGCUUACAAUCUAACCCCCAGAGAGAGAGAGACACAAACACUCACACACGCAGACAAACCCAGAGGGCGGCAGGUAGCCUAGCGGUUAAGAGCGUUUGACCGGUAACCGAAAGAUCGCUCAUUCGAAUCCCUGAGUCGGCAAAGGUUAGAAGGAAGAAAAUCUGCUGUUCUGCCCUUGAGCCACUUAGCCCCCAUCAACUGCUCCCUGGGCACACAUGACGUGGAUUAAGGCAGCCCGCCGCACCUCUGUGAUUCAGAGGGUUUAGAUGCGUAAGGUUGAAGGCAUUUAGUGGUGCAACUGGCUAGUUAUCCCUAAUUUCCUUUCCACCCAGAGGAAUUGGGAGCACAGAGUGGUUACUAUGAGUUUUGAGAGUAGUUACUCUGGUCUUUGAGAGUGGUUACUGUGGUUUUUGAAAGCAAGGAUUGUGGCUUUAAAUAGUCUGAAAUCAUAAUGUUGUGUUGUAUACAUACACACCUGACAGGUUCCUCUCCCCCAAAUCCUAUCUUUUAGCAUUAGUGGGGAAAAUGCAAAACUGACACAAGAUCAGCAUCUAGGGGCAACUUCACCCUACACUUGCCCCUUCCCUGGGGGCUGUUCCAGAUAGCAGAUUCAUUGAGGUACUGUCCUAAAUAUUCUCAACUAUCAUAAUUUUUUGGGACAAAUAUAGACUUGAAAUUGGCAUAGUAGUGGUAGUACAUAUACAGGAAGGAGUGGCUUCCGUCUGGCCACUCUACCAUAAAGGGGUGCUGCAGAGAUGGUUGUCCUUCUGGAAGGUUCUCCCAUCGCCACAGAGGAACUCUGGAGCUCUGUCAGUGUGACCAUCAGGUUCUUGGUCACUUCCGAGACCAAGGCCCUUCUGCCCCAACCUCAGUUUGUUCGGGCAGCCAGCUCUAGGAAGUGUCUUGGUGGUUCCAAACUUCUUCCAUUUAAGAAUGAUGGAGGCCACUGUGUUCUUGGGGACCUUCAAUGCUGCAGUCAUUUUUUGGUACCGUUCCCCAGAUCUGUGCCUCAACACAAUCCUGUCUCGGAGCUCUACGGACAAUUCCUUCAACCUCAUGGCUCGGAUUUUGCUCUGACAUACACUGUCAACUGCAGGACCUUAUAUAGACAGUUAUGUUCCUUUCCAAAUUAUGUCCAAUCAAUUGAAUUUACCACAGGUGGACUCCAUUCAAGUUGUAGAAACAUCUCAAGGAUGAUCAAUGGAAACAGGAUGCACCUGAGCUCAAUUUUGAGUCUCAGUGGGUCUGAAUACUUAUGUAAAUAAGGUAUAUCUGUUUUUUAUAUUUUUUUAUAUAAGUUUGCAAAGAUUUGUAAAACCUGUUUUUGCUUUGUGAUUAUGGGGUAUUGUGUGUAAAUUGAUGAGGAAAAUAUUUUAUUUAAUCGAUUUUAGAAUAAGGCUGUGACGUAACAAAUGUGGAAAAAUCAAGGGGUCUGAAUACUUUCCUGAAUGCACUGUACAUUCCCACACAAACAAUGCAAGCACAUGGCAAAAGCUGGCUCCUAAUUACUGAUUACAAUUAUUUGACGAGCAAGCUUUUUUGUGUUUUUAUGUUGCUUAAACAUACCUAGUAUUACAUUAACAUUAUGGACAUUGUGAGUGAAAUCAUUUCAAAUACUUUAUCUGGGCUUGAUUGAGUUUGACUGACGUAUGUAUAGUUGUAAAAUAAGAUAAGGACUGCAAGGGAUUACGGAUGUGUAAGUAGGUGGCAAGCUUGGCUCCACUGUUCAAGGAUAGAAUCACCACGCUCAUUGCGCUGUAAAAUCCUGGAGGAAUUUGGGUAAAAUGCAGAUUCAUUGGAAUCGGAGGAGCAGGGAAUGUGUUGUUUCCAUAGCGAUUACCACAAUCUGGUUUGCAUUGAACUGAUCUGUACUUAACUCCCUGUGACGUCAACUAGUCAAAAUGUAAAACCAGUUGUUUAACAAAUACAAAAUAGGGCCUUCAAAAAGUUGGUGCUGACUUAUCAGCUCAGUAUUCGGUACUAACACAUUUACUUGGAUCUACUCCAAUUCUGAACAGUGUUCCACAUCAUGGAAACGGAUUAUUGUUUUAGAUGACAUUACCUUCUUAUUUAAAUCACUGGUAUAUUCAAACUAUCAAAUUGUACAAUAACAAUUGGAAAUAGUCAAAAACGUAUCUUCUAUCUGCCCCAAAUUUUCCCACUGUGUUCCUUACAGCCUGUUUGAGUUCAGUACCACUCACUUUCACUGGAGGCGUAUCUAUUUAUCCACAGGAAGCUUAUCUUUAACCCAAACACCAGAUGGCAGCCUCUAGUUUAAUAUCAGUCCCAAGGCUCAGUCCCUCUGUCAUGUGACCUUGUAUUGAAACAUUUACUUCUUCAAAUAACUAAGAUAUUGCAUUAUUAGAGUGCUAUUUGAAAGCCGCUAAUAUUACCAUUCACUUUGUUACUUUCACUAGUCUCCAUAUCUGUUUCCUUCAACUAGGAGCCUCCCUUUCUUCCCAAUAGGAAAGACCCUCUCAAUCACUACUGCUAAUGCACAUAGAUCACACUCAAACUAUGUUCUGCUUUUACACCUCAUUUACACCUCAUACACCUCAUUAAAUGUCUUAUUUUGAGAUUGAUCUGUAAUGUACCCGAAAUGAUAAAAUACACCAGCCAAUUCAGAAGGGGAGAUGUAAACUUUGGAGGGAGCUUCCUUUUUAAGGUAGCUCUCGAGACUAGAGUUUCUUUCUGGGAUCAACAGUUAUUAUAAUGGAAUCUGCCUCUCAUACUCAUCAGUGCCAAUGGAAGCACCUUUACCCAUGUCAGGCAUGUUUCACCAAUUUGUUUAAUAAAUGUUAUUUUCAGAGUUUGGUUCAACGUUGUUAGUCAUGUACAUCCCCACCACCUGUGAAAUGUUCUGCAAACACAUUAAAAACCCUACUGUACAUAAAUAUCUA